GCCCAGUCAGUUUGACACCAAAAUUUUAGCCACAGAUUUUCAGGAUCCAGAUGAAAUUGCUCUACUGCAGAUGAGUUACACUAACUUCCUGAUUGUAAUGAUUCAUGCACUUCCUUUCAAAUUCCAUUUUUCCUUCUCAUGUGCUCUAUAGCCUAUUUCCAGAAAGAAUAUUUAUUACACCAGUCUUUACUAGCAGCGGUCGCAGGCGAAUGAAGAAGUUGAGCUGAAGCUGCGAACACUUCAUCCCGGCACUUAGCGGCAAAACUCAGACAAGAGAGGACGACGCAGGUGAAAUUAAAAAAAAAAAAAAAAAAAGAAAAGAAACCCACUCGGUCAUGGGGAAAUCAGCUUCCAAACAAUUUGCUGAAGAAGUCUUGAAAGUACACAAUGACUACAGGAAGAAACAUGGAGUGCCCCCAUUAAAACUCUGCAAGAAGUUAAACAGAGGAGCCCAACAGUAUGCAGAAGAACUGGCUACCACAAGAGUCCUCAAGCACAGCUCCGAGUCUGCUAAUGGGAAUUGUGGAGAAAACCUAGCAUGGGCAUCCUAUGACCAAUCAGGAAAAGAUGUGGCUGACAGAUGGUACAGUGAAAUAAAAAAUUACAGCUUUCAAAACCCAGGGUUUUCUUCUAGGACAGGUCACUUUACAGCAAUGGUUUGGAAGAACACAAAAAAGAUAGGAGUUGGAAAGGCAUCUGCUAGUGAUGGCUCAACGUUUGUAGUGGCUAGAUAUGAUCCAGCUGGAAAUGUAGUAAAUCCGGGCUAUUAUGAAGAAAAUGUUCUUCCUCCAAGAAAAUAACUUUAUUUUUUUUAAGGUAGUCUUAUUGCUUAAUGACAAGUGAACCUGGAUUUGGACCUAAUAGUGUUGAAAUGAAGCCCAAUUCAAUGAAAUCUGUUUGAUACUUCUGUUCAUGUCUCAGUGUGGAGGAAGCAAUUACAUUUUGCUUGAGUCAAUCUGCACAUCAGGCCCCUGCUGUUUCAGAGGGGACCUCAGGUUAUUUGAGGAUGAACUAUAAGCAGCAUUUCUGAAGGAUAACAUGGGUAAUUUUUUUUUAAUUGUUUGCAUGAACUCUGUGUCAGCAUGUGAGUAAACACAUGUUGGAUUUUUUUUUUUUUUUUUUGAACAAACAAAUGUAUAGCUUUCUGGAAACUGAAGAUACCAGCUUGUAAUUAUAUUAUGUACUCCCAGCUGUCCAAUACUUCUUAAUAACUGUACCUUAGUUGCUCUGUCUUUACCUCCUGCUGUUGUAGGACCCUACUCUCUGCAAAUGGAACACAUGCAAAACUUCCUGUAUGAAAGGUACACGUGUAAAAUGUAGUGGAAUUCAGACCUGUGUGUUUUUAUUAAGAGGAUCUUGCAGAACACUAAAAGGCUGCUGGCCAAACUGUGGCCAGCAACCAAGCUGUAACUAAUGCAUGAUCUAAAAAAAAACCCUAAAAUUUUUUAAUCCCAUUUUAGAUGCUGAUAUGUAAAAUAUGUUUGAGAUGAGUAUAUUUUAAGUUCAAAGUGCAUCCUACAGUUUACAGUACGUACCUUGUAUUAUAAUCAAAUUGUUUACUUCCAUUGCAUAAAAAUAAGAUUCUACUUUUUUGAUAUUUAUGCACAAAAAUAUUUCUUUGAUGGUGUACUUUGGAUUUUGUUUCUCAGUAACUUAUUUUUAUUUCCUAAGGCAUAUCUUUUAAAGGUGUCAUGCUAUACAGGCAAUAACAUUCGCAAAUCAUCUCAUCUUCUUUAAUAAUGUAACAGUAGGGGUAUUCACAUUGUCAUAAUUAAAAGAUGUUUGCUCUUUAUUAAUAUUAUUCAAUAAUAGUACUACUUCAUGUGCUGGAUUGAUGCCUUGAAAACAAUGAAGAUUUAAUUUCCUUAAGAACAAGCCAAGCAAAAAUUCUGGGGACACUCUUUCCUCUGAUUAAAAGUGGAUUGGGCCAUUUUGGCCACGUUCAUAUACUCUGCUUCAAUUUGGGGGUUUGUUUUCUUUGUAAAAGUUUCUCUUGACUUUUGCUGGGAUUCUAUAUGCCAUAAUCUAGUUCCUGGACAGUGCCAUUACAAAAAUACUUCUUUUUGUUUACACAGUUGUAAUAAACUGCACUCUUAUGGCUUGAUUAUUUGUCACUGUGAUGCUGUUUGUUACAAUUCUUUUGGUGUAACCAAGAAUUUGACACAUAUCAUGAACAACUGAAAAAUAAAUAUUUUUGAAUAUUAACUACUCAA